AGGUGUAGUACCAGGUGGAGCUACAGGGAUCGGAGGAGUUGAAGCGAGGAGACGGGAGGGGUCGGUGGACCACAGGUCCCGGCAGGCGCUGUGAGGCGCCGGGCGGCCGGGUUUUGGUUCAAUCGGGUUCCGGGCAGCUUCUCCUCUCCGCCCCAGCGCCCGCGGGCUGCCAGGGCGCGAUCGCCAUCAACAUGGCGGCAGCGAAUAACCCUCGGAAAUUCAGCGAAAAGAUCGCGCUGCACAACCAGAAGCAGGCUGAGGAGACGGCCGCCUUCGAGGAAGUGAUGAUGGAGCUCAACAACUCGCGGUUACAAGCUCAGAAAGUGCACCAGCUUCGCCUGUCACAGACACGAGGGCAGUAUUAUGGAGGCUCGCUACCGAACGUCAACGCCAUCUCGAGCAACACUUCUGAGUUCCAGAGUCCCUUCAACUCGGGGCUGGACUCGAGCCGGGGAACGCGGCAUCACGGUCUGGUGGAGCGGGUGCAGGUCGCCAGGCUGAUGUCGCCGCACAGGCGACAGGUUGACAGCUCCCCGUACAGCUCGGCGUACCUGUCGCCUCCCCCGGACACCAGCUGGAGAAGGAAUGCCUUACCCUGGUGCAACUUCCCAGCUGAGAAAGGGCAUCGGUUUGGACUGACGUCGGCCCUCAACAGAACCAAUUCGGACUCUGCGCUCCAUACAAGUGUGAACAAUCCCAGUGUCACAUCUCCCUUCACCAGCACCGGACAGCCGUCACUGGGUCACACCAGGAAAAGUGGUCUGGCAGAUGGAGACCUGGAUAACCUCAGUAAAGGCUUCUCCUAUUCCGCCUCACCCCAGGAUAACCUUCAGGAUGAGGAUCAGACACUGCCAAAGGGGCUGUGGGAUACCCAGAAGAUACAGAGUGUGGCAUCCCGACCCAAGUCCUGUGAAGUUCCUGGCAUCAACAAAGGCCGCCUGCUAUUCUCUGAACCUGGGACGCUCGUGACACAGGAGGGCCUGGAGGAGUCAAUGGCAUGGUCUCCACCUGCCCAGCUGAAGGAGGACAUGUGGAGGCGAGGCAACAAGAUGAGCCUCUUCCCAUCGCCGGAUGCGGCUGCCGGCAUGUCGCACGUCGCCGGGGCGCUGAACACGGGUGGCUCCCUGCCGGACCUCACCAACCUGCACAUCCCAUCGCCACUGCCCACUCCGUUGGACCCCGAGGAGUCCGCCCACGCUGGCAUCAGUGGCGGCAGCAGUACCGGCAACCUGGCCAGUAGUGUCGGCCAGCGGGGGCUCAGCACUUCACUCAGGGUGGCUUCCGGCUUCGAUGGCGCAGGUCUCUGCUCUUCGCUGCAGGGCUCCCUCAGUAGCAUGUCGCUGCAGUCGUCACUCAGCAACCCCUCCCUCCACUCCUCCCUCAGCGGUUCCUCCCUCCACACCUCCCUCAGCAACCCCUCGCUGGCCCCCGCCCCCAGGCAGUCGCCGCUGGGAGCCUCGCCCCUCCACUCAUCCCUCAGCACCUCGCCCCGGAGGCGGGCUCCCCUCAAUCCUCUUGUCCUGUCCGGACCGGACUCCCGGAGGAGCCACGGCAAGCAGUUCUCGCCCACCAUGUCUCCCACCCUCUCGUCUAUUGCUCAGGGCAUUCCCUUGGACACCAGCAGCCUCCCUGUAGACCAGCAGCUGCCCCCCUACCCUUUCUGCCAGCAGCAGGCAUACCAGCAAGCGAGCUUCCAGCCAUCCCAGUCCUCCCAGCAGACGCAUUUUCAACUUUCCCAGUCCCAGCAGACAGGGUUCCAAUCUUCCCAAUCCCAGCAGACAGUAUUCCAACCUUCCCAGUCCCAGCAAACAGGGUUCCAACCUUCCCAAACCCAGCAGACAGGGUUCCAACCUUCCCAAACCCAGCAGACAGGAUUCCAACCUUCCCAGUCCCAGCAAACAGGGUUCCAACCUUCCCAAACCCAGCAGACAGGGUUCCAGCCUUCCCAAUCCCAGAAGACGGGGUUCCAACCCCAAUCCCAGCAAACAGGAUUCCAACCUUCCCAAUCGCAGCAUUCAGGGUUCCAAUCUUCCCAAUCGCAGCAGACAGGGUUCCAAUCUUCUCAAUCCCAGCAGACAGGGUUCCAACCUUCUCAAUCCCAGCAGACAGGGUUCCAACCUUCCCAGUCCCAGCAGACAGGGUUCCAACCUUCCCAGUCCCAGCAGACAGGGUUCCAACCUUCCCAGUCCCAGCAGACAGGGUUCCAAACUUCCCAGUCCCAACAGACAGGGUUCCAAACUUCCCAGUCCCAGCAGACUGGGUUUCAACCUUCCCAGUCCCAGCAGACAGGGUUCCUACCUUCCCAGUCUCAGCAGAUGGGAUUCCCCCCUUCCACAUCCCAGCAGACUGGGUUCCAACCUUCCAUGUCCCAGCAGACAAGCUACCAGAAGUCCCAGUCCUCCCAGCAGACAAGUUACCAGCAGACAGGCUCCCAGCAGGUGGGUUUUCAGCAAUCCCAGCCCUCCCAGCAGACAGGAUACCAGCAGACCCAGCAGAAGACCUUUCAGCAGCCUUACCAGCAGCAGAAGCUGCCGCCAUUCCAGCAGCCUCGGACCACCGACCAGCGCCAUCAACAGCUACCGUCGCUUUCCUGCUCACAGCCAACAGUUGCACCCCUCGGUUAUCAGACAGACACGACGCCAGCCGGCCAGGAGAGCAUGGUACCAUGUGGGGAGGUGGGGAACUGCACCUUCGCCCAGACCAGCGCCGAAGGGCUGAUGGACAACAGACAGGGACUCCUCAACAAACUUAACCUGUACCCGUCCCACUGCACCAGUCCCAUCCCCGAUAUCAUCUUCACAGGUGACUCACCCCCCAGCUUCUCAAAGGAGAUUACCAGUGCCCUGGCGGGGGUACCAGGCUUCGAACUUGCCUCCCAUUACCCGCUAGACGACGAGUUGAAAGUGGGGCCCCUGUCUCUCGAUGGAUUGAACAUGCUCGGUGAGCCUGACCUGACCCUGCUGCCUGACCCCACCAUCGAGGACACCUUCCGGACUGACCACCUGUAAAGGGGAGUGUGGUGGGGGUGGGGGGCUUGUCCGCCUGCCACCCCUGGCCCCGGGACCGUGAGCGACAGCCCGGCUGAGCGCAGAGCCACAGUCGGCGAGGACGAUGCCCGCCCCAGCAGUUCUGCGUCUGCCGGUCGCUUGGUGCCCUUCAAAGAGGACCAACGACGCCCUUCUCUCCUCGCCGGAGGCGUGGACACUGUAAAUACUGUGUAUUAUUAAUCCCUCGUAUCCCAGUGACUGUCCAGCCACAGGGGGAGGAGGGAGGCGUGUACCCUCAGAGUGAGGGAGAGGUGCAUUGUAUCAUGAGGCAGUGUGUCCUGUGUCUGAUGGGGAAGGUAGCACUUAUUACCGAGGCUGCGGGAUGGGGGAGAAGUGAGGCACUGGGGGUCACUGUCCGGCAGGAGAACCUGGGAUAAUUGCUGGUGGUGGGUCAGGAGAAGCGGGAAUGAGGAAAGGGGGGAAGAGGAGGAAGGCCAGGAGGAGGAGAGAGGGACAGAAGGGAAGGAGAGGGAAAACAGGAGGAGGAGAGGAGGGAGGAAGAGGGGUAGGGAGUGGAGGAUGGAGGGUGAGAGAGAUGGAGAAGAGAUGCACUUCGUUACAGUGCCAAGGGCAACAAAUAAGCCAGAAGCUCAGGUCUCCACGCAUGAAGGCAGUGACAGGUCUGUCACUGUAUAACACCGAGGUACAGUACCAGUGGGGACGGGUAUGUCACUGUAUAACACUGGGGUACAGUACCGGUGGGGAUUGGUCUGUCACUGUAUAACACCGGGGUACGGUACCGGUGGGGACGGGUCUGUCAUUGUAUAACACCGGGGUACGGUACCAGUGGGGACGGGUCUGUCACUGUAUAACACCGGGGUGCAGUACCGGUGGGGACGGGUCUGUCACUGUACAACAGCAGGAUACAGUACCAGUGAGGAUGGGUUUGUUACUGUAUAACACUGGGGUACAGUACCGGUGAGGAUGGGUUUGUCACUGUAUAACCCCAGGGUACAGUACCGGUGAGGAUGGGUUUGUCACUGUAUAACACCGGGGUACAGUACCGGUGAGGAUGGGUUUGUCACUGUAUAACCCCAGGGUACAGUACCGGUGAGGAUGGGUUUGUCACUGUAUAACACUGGGGUACAGUACCGGUGAGGAUGGGUUUGUCGCUGUAUAACACUGGGGUACAGUACCAGUGGGGAAUUAUGAUUUGAGGAUUUCCUUCUGAUCACUGAUCUGGAUCUCUUGAAGAUAUUGUGGUUGGUUCAACCCCAUCCUUUCUCACCAUCGGACACUGGGAUCAGCACUAUCUCUGAUUCCUCACACAUUCCUCAGCACAGUGACAUCCUCCUCCUGGUGUGUGUCUGCUCUGACCCUCUCCAUUUUGUCAACCCAUAUUCAUUCAUUCAUUCUCUCCUGCUCCCGGACCCCUCUCUCCCUGUUCUCUGUCUCCUUCCGCCCAAUCUCUCUGUCACUGUCUUUCUCUUCCUCCAUCCCCUUCUCCUAUCUCCACCCCUCUGUUCCCUCUGCCUUUCCACUCUCAUUCAUUGUAGUCUGUGUGGAGAACAAAGAUGCCUAUCUGCUGCUCUCGAGGCAGCGUGCAGACGGCGGGUGUGCGUGUAUAUAUUGUAGAUAGUGUAUUAUAUGAAAGUUGUUUAAAGUAUUCUCUGAGCUAUGCAAUACUAGUCUGCUGCAAAAGAUGUUCGAUGGUUCAUGGGCUUGGAUUCCACAGUCUCCACCUUGAAUCCUGCAACCCCUCUCCGAGCAGAGUCCACGUGAGGGCCGGGGCAGCAGCACAACAUGUACUCUCUACACACAACCCUGUCAGCAAAGCCUCCCCUUGGAACCUUUGCUGAUUCCCUCUCUCUCUCUCUAACCCCAGCGUCACUGAGCCGUGAUGGGAAGCAGGAACCCUGGCUGGUUCCCCCCCCCCCCGCCGACCCCAAGGUUACUGGGGCAGUGAUGGGGAGCAGGAACCCAAAGCAGAUUCCACCCCCCACCAACCCCACAGUCACUGGGCAGUGAAGGGGAGCAGGAGCCCUGGCUUAUUCCCCCUCACUCACCCCCUCUCGCUCCUCCUUCUCCCUUUAUCUCUAUGUCUCUUUGCCCCCCCUCCCCAAAUCUCCAUCUCCUCCUCUCCUCCUGAAUAUUUCCUCUGUCUCUUCUCCCCCAGAAUCUCUGGAGCUCCCUUCCUCCAUCCCACAGUGUGUGCAGAGACUGGAGCGUGUGCUGUCCUCCCUCCGAGUCCAGAGAGGUAGGUGCACAGCUAACCUGCUGCACCUUGUUCCCUCUGUUUUCCCAUAACUGCCCAAGAAAUGGUCCAUCGGAUCCCUAAGCCUUCCUACUGCCUUCUGCUCCCCACCCCACAGAAUCCUGCCAGGCUCAAGGGUUCUUGGCAUUCCUACCCUGAACUGUGCCAUCUUCUCUCUCUGCCCCUCGGUAGCUACCCCACUCCCCCGCCACGCCCUCGUUCUUCUGCUCAGUGUCUGUCUCACGGCUGGGAUUUACCCUGCUGUACGAACGGGGAGAUCAAUCCCUUCCAGCCCUCUGCCCCUGCGUAAAGCCCUGGCUAGUGGCUGGGGCCGCUGCCCUGCCCAUGGGUAACCCGACUCGGAGCUCCCUGCCGUCCGCCUGACACGCUGCCACCCUUCCCUGCCUGUGGCCUUCACCUCUGUGCUAAUACAGGGGUUUGUCGUAACGCGAGUCCGUCGUAUGGAGCUGAUGAGUCAUUCUCUCUUUUUUAUUGUAUAACUUUUGUAAAAGAUUAUUUUUUUGUUAACACUUAACUGUUUUGGACAAAAAAAGGCAAGAUUACAAAGAAAUUUACAUUUUAACCUGCACUCUUGUUUCUCGCAAGCGCUGGAGUUUAUGCUGCUGAUUCGAAGGGUUGUAGUUUCUCUCACACGGUUGGGAAACAGGCCAUUUGGCCCAACUGAUCACUGCCGGCCAAAAUUACCCCAAGAGCUCAUCCCACUUGGCCCAUAACUCCCCUAGCCUUUCCUGUCUAAGUGCCUUUUUAGGGUGACAAAUCAGUACAGCACAGAAACCCCAUCUAGUCCAUGCUGAACGUUUACUCUGCUUAUUCCCAUUGACCUGCACCUGGGCUGUACCCCUCCCAUCCAUGUACCUAUCCAAACUUCUUUAAAUGUUAAGAUCAAACCUGCAUCCAAGAUGCAGCAAGAAUAUUUUAAGAAUAUCAUUCCCAGUUCUUAAGUAAUUCAGGCGCACUGUAUUCGUGUUAAAUGUAUUUUAUUAGUCAUAAAGUAAAAGAGGCAAAAUAAUACAUACCGUCACAC